GCGAGUCCGCCUGGUUAAUCCAUCUCCAUACCAAAAACACACACCAUAUCGCCAUUGGCCUCAUCAAACAAGAUGUCUAUGGACCUGGAUGAUGCCAUUUCCAUUGCGCCAGUGUCGCAGCAGAUGCACACGGCAGCAACAAUUCUCUGCCACAACUGCGGUGCUCCGAUCGAUGGAACAACAGCCACGGGCGCUGCCUGCUAUGACUGCAUCAAGUUGACCAACGACAUCUCCCAGGGAAUCCAGCGAGAGGCUACCAUCCAGCAAUGCAGAGACUGUGAGAGAUGGCUGUUGCCACCCUCAAGUUGGAUCUCUGCCAUGCCCGAAUCCCGCGAACUCCUGGCGCUCUGCCUCAAAAAGCUGAGGGGCCUGAACAAAGUGCGAAUCGUCGAUGCGAGCUUCAUCUGGACGGAGCCUCACUCCCGGAGAGUAAAGGUCAAGUUGACCGUCCAAGACGCCGUCCAGCAGGGUGUCCUGCUGCAGCAGAGCUUCGAGGUCGUAUACGUUGUGGCGCAUCAGCAGUGCCCUGAGUGCGCAAAGAGUUUCACCCCUAACCACUGGAGGGCCUGCGUCCAAGUCCGACAGAAGGUCCUCCACAAGAGGACGUUCCACUUCCUGGAGCAGCUCGUCCUGAAACAUGGUGCGCACAGAGAGACGCUCAACAUCAAGGAAGCCAAGGACGGCAUCGACUUCUUCUUCUCCGUGCGAAACCAGGCAGAGAAGUUUGUCGACUUCCUCAACUCGGUUGUUCCCGUCAAAGUCAAGUCCUCACAAGAACUGAUCUCCAUGGAUACACACACCUCGAAAAAAUCAUACAAAUUCACCUUCUCCGCCGAACUCGUCCCCGUAUGCAGAGAUGACCUGGUUGCGCUGCCGAUAAAGCUUGCGAAACAGAGUGGCAACAUCUCCCCCCUCGUCCUCUGCCACAAGAUUGGCACAGCAGUCUACCUCAUGGACCCGCAGACUCUCCAAACGGCGGAAGUCAGCUCGUCCAUCUACUGGCGCGCCCCCUUCACAGCCCUCGCCGACGCCAUGGAGUUGGUUGAGUUCAUCAUCAUGGACAUUGAGCCCACUCCCACUCGAAAGGGCAAGUGGGUGCUCGCCGAGGCAACCGUUGCCCGUGCUUCUGAUCUAGGUGUCAACGACAAGACAUACUUUACCAGGACACAUCUUGGAAACCUGCUGCAGCCGGGAGACUCAGCAAUGGGCUACAUGCUGAGCGGCACCAACUUCAACAACCCGGAAUUUGAUGCCAUAGAAGAGUCCAACACAUAUUCAUCGACCGUUCCGGAUGUGGUGCUGGUGAAGAAACACUACCCCAACCGCAGGAGGAACCGUCGCCGCAACUGGAAGCUCAAGCGCAUGAACAAGGACGAGGGCGACCUUCUACCAAAGAAGGCAGACCAGGAGCGUAUGGAUAAGGAAUACGAGAUGUUCUUGCGUGACGUUGAGGAAGAUGAGGAACUUCGUGCGGCUUUGGCGCUGUACAAGAACCCCAAGAAGACAAAUGAUGAGGAGAUGAGCAUAGCCGAGACGGAGGACGACGAAGAAGAUGGCGUUCCUGGAGUGAAUAUGGAUGAGCUGCUAGACGACUUUGAUGAGCUCACGAUGGAGGAUUAG